AUGUCCGAGAUCAACCGGAAUCCCAGGCUCUUACCCAACAUCACCCUGGGCUACGACAUCCAUGACAGCUAUUUUGAUGCCAGAAUGACAUCUGAUGCCUUGUUAGACUUGCUCUCUCCUGGGCAGGCCAACAUUCCCAACUACCAUUGUGGAAGACAAAAUCACCCACUGGUGGUUCUUGAAGAAUCUGCCUCUGACAUCUCCAUGCAGAUUUCAACCAUGUUGGGCAUCUACAAAGUCCCACAGCUUGACCCUUUCCUGAGAAACCCCCAGUAUUAUAAUACUACAAUCAUGGAUGGAAUGUAUUGGGAUGAAAAUGGAGACCUGGCCGCUGAUUUUGACAUCGUGAACUGGGUGGUCUUUUCCAACUGGACUUUCAUUGGAGAGAAAUUUGGGAGUCAAGAAAGAUGGGGGUCCACAGAUCUGAAGUUCACUAUAGACCAGGACACCAUGGUGUGGCCCCAACGGCUCAACAAGCCCCUGCCUCUUUCCAGGUGUGUGGAAAGCUGUCGCCCUGGAUUCGUGAAGGUGGUCCAGGAAGGAAGGCCAGGAUGCUGCUAUGACUGCACUCCAUGUGCGGAAGGGACCAUCUCCACCCAGGAAGAUGCAGACCAUUGCACCAAGUGUCCAGACGCUCAGCAUCCAAACAAGGACCAAAAUGAAUGUAUCCCAAAAGUUACAGUGUUCCUCUCCUAUAGAGAAUAUUUGGGGAUCAUCCUGGCUUCCUUUGCCCUAUUCUUGUCCGUAACAACAGUUUUUGUGUUAGCAAUCUUCAUUAAAUUCCUACAAACUCCAGUAGUGAAAGCCAACAACCGGGACCUCUCCUUCAUCCUCCUCAUCUCCCUCCUGUUUUCCUUCUUGUCCUCCUUUCUCUUCAUUGGCCAGCCAAGGAAAGCCACCUGCCUCCUCCGACAAACAACCUUCAGCAUCAUCUUCUCAGUUGCCGUCUCUUCUGUGUUGGCCAAAACAAUCACUGUGGUGCUGGCCUUUCUGGCCACAAAGCCAGGGAACAGGGUGAGGAAAUGGCUGGGGAAGAGUUUGGCCAACUCCAUUGUCAUUUCAUGUUCCAGUGUCCAAGUAGUCAUCUGCACCACCUGGCUGGGAGUCUCUCCACCCUUUCCAGAUUCUGACAUGCACUCCCAGCCUGGACAGAUCAUCCUGCAAUGCAAUGAAGGGUCUGUCGCCAUGUUCUAUGCUGCCCUUGGCUACAUGGGCUUCCUGGCUGCCAUCUGCUUCACGGUGGCCUUCCUUGCCAGGAAGCUGCCUGGGUCCUUCAAUGAAGCCAAGCUGAUCACCUUCAGCAUGCUGGUCUUCUGCAGUGUCUGGGUCUCCUUUGUGCCCACCUACCUGAGCACCAAGGGGAAAUACAUGGUGGCCGUGCAGGUCUUCUCCAUCUUGGCCUCCAGUGCUGGGCUCCUGGGCUGCAUCUUCAUUCCCAAGUGCUACAUUAUUAUCCUGAGGCCUGAGCUGAAUACAAAGGAACAUCUAACAACAAAAAUGAAAGAUGGCAUGUGA